GAUGGAUCAACCGCUCUGCCGCUCCGUGCUCAUCACCGGCGCCAACCGGGGCAUCGGCCUGGGCUUGGUCCAGGGGCUCCUGGCUGCCUCCCCCUGCCCAGAAGUCGUCAUCGCUACCUGCCGGUGCCCUGAAAGCGCUCAGGAGCUGCAGGAACUCUGCAAGCAGUACAGCAACAUCAGGGUUCUGCCACUUGACGUGGUUUCCGAAAGCAGCAUCAAGGAAACGGUCAAGGAGGUGGAAGACAUUGUUGGGGAGAAAGGGCUGAACUGCCUGAUCAACAAUGCCGGCAUCAAUGUCUCAGCCUCUCUGGAAGAUGUCACCACGGAAGCCAUGCUCAGGACCUUCGAGACCAACACUGUUGCCCAGCUAAUGCUCUCCAAAGCAUUUCUGCCACUUUUGAAGAAAGCUGCCAAGCAAAGUUCCACCAUGGGGUGUCAUCGUGCUGCAAUUGUCAACAUGUCAUCCAUCUCAGCCUCCAUAGGGCUUGCAAAACACAAUGACAUUUACCACGUGAUAUACCCUUACAGAACUUCGAAGGCGGCACUAAACAUGGUCACGAAGUGCCUUGCUACGGACCUGAAAUUGGAAGGGAUCCUCUGCAUAGCCCUCCACCCAGGCUGGAUCCAAACAGAUAUGGGAGGGACAAUGGCUCCGUUGAAGGUGCAAGAUACCGUACCCGCGAUCAUCUCUCUCUUAGCUCAGCUGAGCGAAAAAGACAAUGGUGCUUUCCUGGAUUGGGAAGGGAAAACUUUGCCCUGGUAGCAGUAGCUCCUGGAUUCCAUGAACCUGAAACAACAACUUGAAUCUGGAUAUAUACAUUUUAAUAGGAAUGGACUUUGAUUUGCUCACUGGUGUUCCGCCUCACUGUGUUUUUAACACAUACAUAGCAAUAGCUGUAUUGAAUGUGGUCCAAAGGCCACCUCCGUCCAUCGUAGCUAGUAGCUGUUGACGGGCCUCCCACAUAGGAAGUUGCUUCGUAUCACGUCAGACAUCGGUCCAUUCUAGUUCAAUAUUGUCUACACUGACCGGCAGCAGCUCUAUAGGGUUUCAGGAAUGGGACAUUCCCAGCCCUCCCUCUGAGUUAGGCCAGGCUGCAUCCAUAACUGGGAUAAGUAUUCUACCACACAUGCAAUCAGAAAACUCUCUCAGCCUAUCAAAGCAUGGAUUACCUCAGCAAGGAUCAUGCCAAUCUGAGUAGUUGCUCGGCGACACCUCCACUCUCUGACAGUUCGCCUGGCGAAAUGUCAAUAAUGAACACUUAGCUUACUAACUGAAUGAUCCCUGCUGUUGUAUUCCCAACAAGGUCAUGGUGAAUAGUGUCCAAGAGGACUCAGAUUAAUUUGGAUACUCAAGGCAGAAAACCCCACUGAUGUAUUUCCUCUUUCCUGGUAGUAAAAAUACAAAAAAACAACAACAAAUAAACAAAUCAUUUAUUAAUUGCUUCCCACAAGGCAUGACAAAGCAAUUUACAACAUAUAGUCCAUAAGUUUAUUGUUCUGGCCAGAGGCUAAGACAAACUUGUAGCAAUAGUAUUAAUAAAGUAAUACAGAACACACAUCUAUAAUAUAGGCCAACAUCCAUGAUGUAACAGAGGCAAGAUAGCAGAGAUACCAAAAAGCUUAAAUCUAGCUUGAUUUCAGAUUAAACCUCCGAAUGACCACCACAACUUAUAGUGAUUUCAUCUAACUCAUUUAUCCUGGUUUAUUUUGCACCCAGUGCACAGAGGGCCACUCUGUGUGUGUUGCAAAGCUAUUAUUGUCACUCGGAAGAAACCGAACCAUUUCUGUCAGGCUGUACCUGCUUGCUUGUGUGAACAAAGGUUUCAGAAAGUGAUCUUGGGGUCUAUAUAAGGUGCAGGCUAACAGAUAAUGAAUGUCUGUCACCUGAAGUUGACCACAAAUACAAAGUCUAUCUGCGUACAGGACCUUGUAGCAGUCAUCCCAAACUGCAGUGGGAAUCACUUGGAAAUGCAGCUCAAUAAAGACAUUUCUUUAGGAAACUUGUGAGAGUCUGGUCAGAUAACUAUCUAUCUCUAAAAUGCUCUGUUCUCAAGAGCAGAUGCCAAGGGGGAAAUCUGGUGUUUCUAAUUAGUUGCGGGUCCCGUAGCUGACACUCAAAGUCAAUGCAGAGCUCAGUUCUGGAAAACAAUAGUCUGAAACAUCUUGACAAGCUGCUUUACAGAGUUGCUUAUCACUCAAUUCCAUAUUACACAGCAGAGGGGGAAAAUGAUUGGCAUGGUAGCAAUCUUGCCUUAAUUGUUGACCUGCUGGAUUCUGUACGAAGAACUGAUGCUGAUAUUCCUGAUGGUAGAGUGUAUUCCGCACAGUAUCCAAAAUUUAAAUGGAGUUUGAAUUGGAGCACCAGAUCUCAACACCAUAGAACAGGCAUCCCCAAACUUCGGCCCUCCAGAUGUUUUGGACUACAAUUCCCAUCAUCCCUGACCACUGGUCCUGUUAGCUAGGGAUCGGAUCAUGGGAGUUGUAGGCCAAAACAUCUGGAGGGCCGCAGUUUGGGGAUGCCUGCCAUAGAACAUUUGAGUAAGCACUUUACAGUACUAUGAAAUAUCUUUAGGGUUCAAUCAGCUGCCCUCCCUUUUUGUAAUAAAAGUUCAUCAAUGCCCCCAUAGUUUGCUUUGCGUUGACUUUCACUGCCUCAAUUUGCCACUUCCAAGAGAGGGUUUCACUAAUUGCACCCAGAUAUCUAAAUGAGGAAGCUUGUUCUAGAGCUUGCUGUUCUUAGUAUAGUUCCUUUCAUGGUUCCGAGUGAAGCAUUGGUCAAUGGUACUGUGUCUUCCUCUGACCCCUGCUUGUUCUUCAUGAAUGAUGAUGUAACUUUGCAA